ACCAGCCCCAUAGAAGAACCGAGAACGGCUCCUACUGUGAGUACAAUCCUGUAAUCCAAUUCUAUCGACAGAGUUCUUGAGCGGCCAAAAGAAAAACAUUUAUGCUUGAGCAGACCGAUAUCAUCCAUGUCGCCAGAUCAAUCCGGUAGUUCAGCCCCCAUCAGGGAUUCAUCUCCGUCUCAGAUGAGAUCAAUGGAAGACCAUAACAUCGAAAGAGAGGCACAUAACAGUGAAGGGGGAGAUCAAAGUAAUACAAAUCAGUUCACUUUGAAGGGAAAGAAACUGAAAUCUGAUGUCUGGGAUGAUAUGGAUAGAGAUGUUUUGGAUGAUGGAGUGAUUCGAGCUACAUGUCAUCACUGUAAGAAAACUCUCACUGCCAAUUCUAAGAGUGGAACUUCUCAUUUGAAAAGACAUCUUUCUCAGUGUGCUUCACGUAAGUAUAACAACCUAAAAAGCUAUUGUAUUGUUGGUGGAGGUGGUGAUUCUCAGCUUGAAUGUGGUACUAAGAUAGGUAAUACUAUGUCUUUAAAUAGGCCUUUACCUACCACCUCUGCAAUUCGUGAAGCCAUGUCUGUGUUUUUUGUUUCAUGUGCAUUACCAUUUUCACUAGUUGAAGCACCGGGUUUUAAGCAUUUUAUGAGUGUAAUUGCACCUCAAUUUCAGCAAGUUAGUAGAAUGACCAUUAAAAGAGAUGCCGUGAGUAACUAUAAAACCCAUAAAGCUAUUGUUGCUCAAGAGCUUGAUAGUGCUCCGGGUCGUAUUUGUUUCACUACAGAUAAUUGGAGGAGUGAACACACAAGUGAUGAGUUCAUGUGUGUAACAGCUCAUUGGAUUGAUAAAUCGUGGAAGUUACAAAAGAGAAUAAUCAAAUUUGCUGCUUUACCACCUUCACUUGAUGGUUCUUCUCUUGCUGAUGAGAUUCUUUUGUGUUUUGGUGAAUGGAAAAUAGGUGACAAGGUGUUUAGUUUUACGGUUGAUAAUGCGUCUUAUAAUGAUACAAUGAUGACAUCUCUUAAAAGGCACUUGUUGAGAAAAAACACCUUGUUGAUGAAUGGAAAAUUUGUUCACAUCCGUUGUUCUUGUCACAUUAUAAACUUAGUGGUUCAAGCGGGUCUUAAACUCAUUGAUGAUUGCAUCCUUAAGAUAAGGAAAAUGGUAACACAUUUGAAGCAUUCCAUGCCCAAAAAUAAAAAAUUUUAUGAGAUAGCUUCCACUACUUUUAGUUUGAAUACUACCAAGAAGCUACGUUUAGACACACCUAUUAGGUGGAAUUCAACUUUCACUAUGUUGGAUCGUUUCCUUUACUUUCGGGAUGCUAUUGAUAGCUUUGUUAGUAAGAAUGUAGAUUUGAAAUGCUAUCGUCUCACCGAGGAGGAAUGGACAAAGGUUGGUCAGUUGAAAAAGUUCUUGCAAGUAUUUUUUGAUGUAACAAAUGACUUUUCUGCUUCUAAGACACCAACCUCGAAUAUCUAUUUUUGUGGGGUGUGGAAAAUUCAUAAAUUGUUGAAAAAAACAGCAGCUGCCCCUCCCAGCAUUUUAUCAAACAUGGUCAGUGAGAUGCAAUUGAAAUUUCAAAAAUAUUGGGAAGAUUACAAUCUCAUUCUUUCAUGCGCUGCUGUUUUUGAUCCUCGUUUGAAGUUAGAUGGUGUUGGGUUUUUGUAUAAGAAGUUGCUGGGGGAAGAAAGUGGUGAUGUCUUUGUGCAUAAAAUCAAAACUACUUUGGUUGAACUUCUGGAUGAAUACAAGGGUGCAUUUGGUGAAGUGGGGGAAUCUGGUCAGAACACUUCAAGUAGCCAUUUUAAUUCUUCUAUGCUACAAUCUGAGUUUGAUAGUGGGUCUGAUGAAGAGGAUCUUUACCAGUUUAUGAGCAAGAAAAGGAAGGCAGAAAUAAAAUCAGAGCUAGACCUUUAUUUAGAUGAAAAACCACUUAAUAUGAAGGAUGAUGUUAAUGUUUUGCAAUUCUGGAAGCGCAAUUCCUCUAGGUUUGUUAUUCUUUCAUCAUUGGCUCGGGAUAUUCUAAGUCUUCCGGUCUCUACUGUUCCUUCUGAAUCCGCCUUUAGUUUGGGGAAGAAAAUAAUAACUCCUUCCAGAAGUUCUUUGUCCCCCACAACCGUUGAGGCCCUUGCAUGUUAUGAAGAUUGGUUGCGUGCGGCUGGAUUUGAACCAGCCCCAUAGAAGAACCGAGAACGGCUCCUACUGUGAGUACAAUCCUGUAAUCCAAUUCUAUCGACAGAGUUCUUGAGCGGCCAAAAGAAAAACAUUUAUGCUUGAGCAGACCGAUAUCAUCCAUGUCGCCAGAUCAAUCCGGUAGUUCAGCCCCCAUCAGGGAUUCAUCUCCGUCUCAGAUGAGAUCAAUGGAAGACCAUAACAUCGAAAGAGAGGCACAUAACAGUGAAGGGGGAGAUCAAAGUAAUACAAAUCAGUUCACUUUGAAGGGAAAGAAACUGAAAUCUGAUGUCUGGGAUGAUAUGGAUAGAGAUGUUUUGGAUGAUGGAGUGAUUCGAGCUACAUGUCAUCACUGUAAGAAAACUCUCACUGCCAAUUCUAAGAGUGGAACUUCUCAUUUGAAAAGACAUCUUUCUCAGUGUGCUUCACGUAAGUAUAACAACCUAAAAAGCUAUUGUAUUGUUGGUGGAGGUGGUGAUUCUCAGCUUGAAUGUGGUACUAAGAUAGGUAAUACUAUGUCUUUAAAUAGGCCUUUACCUACCACCUCUGCAAUUCGUGAAGCCAUGUCUGUGUUUUUUGUUUCAUGUGCAUUACCAUUUUCACUAGUUGAAGCACCGGGUUUUAAGCAUUUUAUGAGUGUAAUUGCACCUCAAUUUCAGCAAGUUAGUAGAAUGACCAUUAAAAGAGAUGCCGUGAGUAACUAUAAAACCCAUAAAGCUAUUGUUGCUCAAGAGCUUGAUAGUGCUCCGGGUCGUAUUUGUUUCACUACAGAUAAUUGGAGGAGUGAACACACAAGUGAUGAGUUCAUGUGUGUAACAGCUCAUUGGAUUGAUAAAUCGUGGAAGUUACAAAAGAGAAUAAUCAAAUUUGCUGCUUUACCACCUUCACUUGAUGGUUCUUCUCUUGCUGAUGAGAUUCUUUUGUGUUUUGGUGAAUGGAAAAUAGGUGACAAGGUGUUUAGUUUUACGGUUGAUAAUGCGUCUUAUAAUGAUACAAUGAUGACAUCUCUUAAAAGGCACUUGUUGAGAAAAAACACCUUGUUGAUGAAUGGAAAAUUUGUUCACAUCCGUUGUUCUUGUCACAUUAUAAACUUAGUGGUUCAAGCGGGUCUUAAACUCAUUGAUGAUUGCAUCCUUAAGAUAAGGAAAAUGGUAACACAUUUGAAGCAUUCCAUGCCCAAAAAUAAAAAAUUUUAUGAGAUAGCUUCCACUACUUUUAGUUUGAAUACUACCAAGAAGCUACGUUUAGACACACCUAUUAGGUGGAAUUCAACUUUCACUAUGUUGGAUCGUUUCCUUUACUUUCGGGAUGCUAUUGAUAGCUUUGUUAGUAAGAAUGUAGAUUUGAAAUGCUAUCGUCUCACCGAGGAGGAAUGGACAAAGGUUGGUCAGUUGAAAAAGUUCUUGCAAGUAUUUUUUGAUGUAACAAAUGACUUUUCUGCUUCUAAGACACCAACCUCGAAUAUCUAUUUUUGUGGGGUGUGGAAAAUUCAUAAAUUGUUGAAAAAAACAGCAGCUGCCCCUCCCAGCAUUUUAUCAAACAUGGUCAGUGAGAUGCAAUUGAAAUUUCAAAAAUAUUGGGAAGAUUACAAUCUCAUUCUUUCAUGCGCUGCUGUUUUUGAUCCUCGUUUGAAGUUAGAUGGUGUUGGGUUUUUGUAUAAGAAGUUGCUGGGGGAAGAAAGUGGUGAUGUCUUUGUGCAUAAAAUCAAAACUACUUUGGUUGAACUUCUGGAUGAAUACAAGGGUGCAUUUGGUGAAGUGGGGGAAUCUGGUCAGAACACUUCAAGUAGCCAUUUUAAUUCUUCUAUGCUACAAUCUGAGUUUGAUAGUGGGUCUGAUGAAGAGGAUCUUUACCAGUUUAUGAGCAAGAAAAGGAAGGCAGAAAUAAAAUCAGAGCUAGACCUUUAUUUAGAUGAAAAACCACUUAAUAUGAAGGAUGAUGUUAAUGUUUUGCAAUUCUGGAAGCGCAAUUCCUCUAGGUUUGUUAUUCUUUCAUCAUUGGCUCGGGAUAUUCUAAGUCUUCCGGUCUCUACUGUUCCUUCUGAAUCCGCCUUUAGUUUGGGGAAGAAAAUAAUAACUCCUUCCUGAAGUUCUUUGUCCCCCACAACCGUUGAGGCCCUUGCAUGUUAUGAAGAUUGGUUGCGUGCGGCUGGAUUUGAACCAGGUUCCGCAAGUAUGUUCAAGAUCGGUGAUGGACGUUCGAAUGAUAGCGAGGAUGAAGAAGAUGAAAUGCCACUCUAGUGUAAGACAUUGCUUCUCUUACACAGACGUCUGGGAGAUCAAUUACUUUCUGGUGAAAUGAAGGAGUGUCGAGAAGUUCUUGGGAUACCAAUUACUUUUUGUGUUCUACUAUUUAAAUUUGAACUGUAAUGAUAUACAUUUGUUAAGUCUUUUUGGAGAUACUCGUGACUAUUUCCGCUGCACAUUGUGAAUCUGUGAUUGUGCUUUUAAUUAUGGAAUAUUGAUGCUUAUUUGGAAUUUGGAUGCUUUUUGUUUUCCAGAAUCGUUUUGUGUAUUGCAUUUAAACGUAUU